AUGUCCGACGCCACCAAGAAGACCGGCAACACCGUCAACUCCAUCGGCGACCAGGCCGCCGGCGGCGCGCAGUUCCUCACCAGCACGCUGGGCAACACCCUCGGCGGCGUGACGGGCACGCUGGGCAACGUCACGGGCGAGGCGACGCGGGGCGUCGGCAACACCGUCACGAGCGCGACGGGCGAGACGGGCCGCCCCGUCGGCGACGCGCUGGGCAACCUGGGCACGGGCGUCCAGGGUGGGCUCAACAGCGUGGGCCAGGGCGUCGAGAACGCGGGACAGUGGAAGAAGCAACUGUACGAUAUGUAA